CACUCGACGGUGUAGGAUAACACAGCAGGCUCCGUCCCUUCGCGCAGCUCAUCACCACCGCCUUCCGGGCUUCUGACCUUCUCUCCGACACCCAAAAUAAUGUUCGGAAAGUCCUCGCUGCUGGUCGCGUUCCUGGCAUCGUCGGUCGCAUUCGCCGCGAACCAGGCGCUCACUGCGACCGCGAUCGUGACCGACAAGCACAAGCACUCCGCGUUCGAGUGCUGGCAGCUUGACGCGCCCUUCACCACCUCCACCGGCGCCGGCACGGCGGGCGCGUCGACGCUCCAGCUCGGCAACCUCGCCAACGCGACGUACACCGUUCUCCCUCCCCACUUCGAGGGCGGCGUGCACAACGCGCCUCAUCCCCAAUACGUGCUUUUCACGGCCGGACUCGCGCACAUCACCCUGCCCAACAAUCCGGGAGAGGCCUACGUCGUCGGCGGUGGGGAGGGCCUCGUCAUCGCGGUCGAUACCACUGGCGGCGGACACAACACCAGCUAUCCCUCGGGUGAGACCACCAUUGGCUUCCAGAUCCCGUUCGAGGGUGGCAAGUACCCUGCAUACAAGGUCCUCAACAAAGGGCCGUGCACCGUCAGCCAAAUUCGCAGCACAUGAGGGGGACCAGGUCAUGGGGGUUAGCUCGGAGAAUGUACUGCGCAUCAUUAUGCGCACGUGUAGUAGCAUCGUGGGUCGUGGAAGGUGUUCAAAGUAUUAAUAUUGGGAUGUAAUGUUGUUGUAGCUUGAACGCCGUGCACCAGUAAUGUACAUGGCCCUCGUCGUUCAAUGAACGUACGCCGCAAACGUUCACCAUGCACGCGAUCUACGUACUUACGCGUUUACGUAUUGUACCUAAC